CUGGAAAACCAAAUUCCAACCACAAUUCCAACACCUGGUUCACAUUCACAAGGAACCCUCUGGAACCUUCUUCGUUCAUCUUCUUCCUCUGUUUUAAACCCACGUCGCAUCCAUGCAAUUUCUUUGUCCUUCCUCUGUUCUUCCCGGCCAAAAAUGUCCGGUGGUGGUUGUUGUUACUAUUCUGUUCUUGGCCUGUGUAAGCAAGCUUCUGCCGAUGAAAUCCGAGCAGCUUACUGUAAACUAGCCAUGAAAUGGCAUCCCGAUAGGUGGAUCAAAGACCCAGAAAUGGCCGCUGAAUCUAAAGCCCGGUUUCAGCAAAUUCAACACGCUUAUUCAGUUCUAUCAAACAAGGGAAAAAGAAGCAUAUACGACGCCGGCUUGAUUUCAUUUCUGACCGACGAGGAUGACGAAGGAUUCUGCGAUUUCAUGAUCGAAAUGGUAUCGUUGAUGAAGAGCGCCACAGAGCAGGGGAAGAAGAAGAAGAAGAGGAAGAACAGUUUGGAGGAUCUAAAAGGAUCAUUAAUGGCGAUGAUGGGAGCCGAUGAACAGGUUGAAGAAUUAGGGCUCGACUGGGGUUCUCCUCCUCCACCACCUCCUCUUAAUGCUACAAAAAGAAGUCGAUUUGUUUUUUUUCUGAGAUUUGAAACACGUUUUAGUCCCUAAAUUAAUUUAGAAUUUAGUUGUGAGAAUUUAGUAUGUAUUUUCAGUUUGAUAAGAAUUUAGGUUACGUUUAUCAAACCAUAAUAAAAAUUGGUGUAAUAGAAAUGAGAUUUUAAUAGGCAUGACUUAUAAAUUCAAUUGGAUUCUUUU